AUGGACUGUGGAAGCGCGGGAACAGCUGCGGGUAUCGACCCCAAAAUCCUAGAUAAUUGGCAAACAGACGGCGCAUUUUCCGUCGCGUCGUGGGAACAUAUUACAUACGAUCAAUCGCCCGAGUGGGACACCUCUCAGGAUUCCAGCCAGUGUGCCGAUGUCGCGGACCUGGGCGCUUUCCACGACCCUCUAACGGGCUCUUUGCUGGAUCGAUCUAGCGAUCGGCAGAACAGGAAACGCGAUGUAAUUUCUGAGAAUUUCAACUACGCCGAUGGCGGCGUCGAGGGCACUGGUAGCGGUACCAUUAGCCCUCGCACGAUCCCGUCUUCCUCUGACGAUAACUUUCAUGGCGACGAAGCCUGGCCGCAAUUUCAGCUGUACAACUCCGUCGCGGCCGGCAUGUCUCUGGAAGCGCCGAUGCUCUACCCUUACGGCAAAGCACCUGCCAACUCGACCGGUGCUGUUAUCGUGGAGGAUGCCGGGGACAUGCCACAGGGUCAAGGAUUUCCGGAUGCUCCGGGAGAGGCUAUCAUGUUCCAGCAGGUACAGCCAUCGUUUCCGAUGAUGGACCAGUGGCAUGACUAUCCAAACGGCCUCCCUAUGACGAAUAUUCCGGCGCAUGGACCUGUUCCGCUGGCCAUGCACUCGCAAAACGACGCGAAGGAUCCUUCUAUGCGUGAAUUCCAACCCCCGGCUCGGCCACUCGAAUCUCGUUGGCUUAACAACCUAGAGUCACGGCUACCUGCCUCGCAGAUGCCCUCCGCAUCUGCCAUCGCGGCUCAAGUGGCUCAGAAGAACGGUCAAAAUGGACACGACGGCUUUCACCACUUCAAAUCUGAAAGUUCGUCUGUCUCGGGCGACAUGUCUGGAAUCUACGAAUGCUCGUACUCUGCUACGAGCGAAGAGGUGCCAAACUUUGCAGAGCGCCAGUUGGAUGAUGAUUCUCACUGGAAAAUAUCUAGGCCCGACGGUGGCUCUCCUGGGGAGACAUCGGGUUCCAAGACCACCGCGUUCAUGGUCAGCGAGACCCCGUCAGAGUCUCUAAUUAGCACAAUUCCGUCGAGAUCGAGAGCCUCUUCGUCCGCUGGGCGCAACUCAGGCCGUCCUAUGGCUCUUGCGAUGCAGUCUGUGGCUACUGUGCGAAAGCGCAAGAACCGCAGCGCGCAAGGCUCUAUGGAUCAGGGUCAAGCCAAGCCUUUGCAGAUUGUCCAGGAAGAUGGACAGGGUGGUUCGAUCGCCUCCGCAGACUUUGUCUCCCCCCUCGCGGCGCUCGUCGCAAGGGCCCGCUCAGCAUGGUUGGAAGAGCCAAUGCCGUGCGAUGGAACCUCGCCAUGUGAUGCUUGUCGUCCAACCCUCCACGAGCAGCCGUGUGCUCGGGCUUGCUUCUCCAGCAUUGUUGAAUUUGGCACAUGCAAUUACAUCUCUCAACGAGCUGCAAACCACCCAACAAUCGAUGGCAGUGGCAGAGUUCGAAUGGUCAUCCCAUCUGAAUUCGAUCUAAAUCAACUAUUGUCUGUCCUCUCUGAGCGGCAAGGCCGGUUCAACAUCCGCGCCAGCCAGGCCUGGGGUUCUCUGUAUGUGCUCGACCUUGGCGAGACCUACAAGUUCUUGAAGAGCUUGAGCGAUUACAACGGCAACAACAAGUCAACCUUCCUGGAAUUCAUUGACCGUCGCAUUGUGGAAUCCAAAGACAAGUCGAAGAAUUGGUUGACUUGUGUCAAGGACUGCGACCCCAUGAACCAAGCAUACACCCUCCUAUCCCAGUGGAACAACAUGCCCAGUCGCGCACAGUACUCUAUCGUGCCCCUCGACUCCAAUGGCCAGGAACGUCCUAUGGACAUCGGCGACCCAGAAGACCGCCGCGACAUCCUUCUCGCAGCCCAGCUCUCCCGCAUUGUCUGCCGCAUGAUGGAAGUCGAAGGCUUCCGCAAACUAGAGCGCGACUUCUACAACAUCAAAUGGAAGCAGAUCUCCCACGAGACACACAUUCGCUUCCUCAACGAGCUAGGCCACAUCCUCCUCUCCCUCCGCUGGCGCGUCUCGUGGUGGAAGAUGCUCGGCGAUGGAGGCCACAACCCGGACCCGAGCCAACAGCACUACAUUGACCGGGUUGAGCUGCUCUGCCGCAUCCUCUACGUCUACUACACCUGCGUCCUCGCCAAGCUGCCCUCAUGGUCAACCAGCGAUGUACCAAAGGGUACCUGGUCCUCCUACCCAGACUCAGACAACCCGGUCUGGGAUGACUUCCCCUCCGACGCAUCAGACGCAGGCUUCCAGACCUGGAUGACGCACGGCAGGGACCUAAUCGAGCAAGCCGGUGUUCCGGGCCGCAUCUCGAAGAGGUAG